UACUCCUGAAAAGACUAAACCUACACAGAUAUGUGUCAAAAAAUGUAACUAAAUGGAUGACGUGUAUGGGUCCUUCUGACUUCCGGGUGUGUAUAAACAGAUCGUAGACGGAGUCGACUCGUCCAAAAAAAUGUCUAAAGUAACGUUUAAAAUCACCCUGACAUCGGACCCCCGGAUGCCAUACAAAGUACUAAGUGUCCCAGACAGCACACCAUUCACAGCAGUUUUGAAGUUUGCAGCUGAGGAGUUCAAAGUGCCAUCAGCAACUAGUGCAAUAAUAACAAAUGAUGGAAUAGGAAUCAACCCUGCCCAGUCAGCAGGUAACGUGUUUCUUAAACACGGCUCAGAGCUUCGCAUCAUUCCCAGAGACAGAGUGGGAGGAGAAGGAGAACGAUGCUGCUUUUCCUCGUUGACAGCAUAAUGACUCACACCGCAGAAUGAUAUAACACUUGAGACCCAGGAAACACCUCAGCCGCAUGUGUCAUAUUUAUUUUCUGGCCCACAACUGACAGUGACUCACAUGAGAAUAUAUAAAUAUAAACUUGAUGAUGACACACACUUGCAUGCUCCCUGCUUCUUCAUUCUCAGUCAAGUUUUUUUUCUUCUGUAAAUGUAGUUGCAUCAAAAGAUUGGAGUGACAUCAAGGGUACCCAGAAGAACAGAGUAAUUAAUAUACACAAGCACAGCAGCUGCAUCAUGGGAACAUUUUUUUUUUUAGCUAAGAUUAACAAAAAAUGGAGUCAACAGUAAUAGCUUUUGUAUCUUUGUAAAUGACAAUAAAUCAGUAUGACUAACAUCAACACAUGCCUAUUUUGCAAUGUUUACUUUUGUCUUUAUCAGAAUUGUGAACAUGGUAAUGCAAGAGGUGAACCUUUUAACUACAUGUACUACAUGCUUUUAAGGUCCAUUGUCGUUAUAUUGAGUGGCUGUCGAUAUGCAGGUAAAUUGUCUGUUGACAUUCGAUAUUUGUUUCUGUCGGGCUACUGUCAAAAAAAGUAUUCCUCAAACACAAGAUAAAUAAACUUGCAUCAUGGAUCUGCACUGAACUUG